GCAAGUGAAUCUCAGUGUUUCUGUGUUUGGCAGGUAUUAAGACAAGAGUCUCAAUGCACAACCCGAGAUGCAUCCUCUCCAGAGUGGGUCUCUUCUCCAAACCAGGAUUGCUCCCCUGGUGUUCUAGAAAACCUCCAGGUUGGUCACAACUCUUCUUGGACUCAGCAUGUAAGGGAACCUUUACUCAUGUAAUCGCCAAGAAGUAUCAAAGAGGACAGAAAAGCCAGAAGAAACCAAGCCAUCUUGGACCACUAGAUGGUUCCUGGCAGGAAAGGCUGGCCGAUGUUGUGACACCACUCUGGAGGCUGAGCUAUGAAGAACAGCUCAAGGUGAAAUUUGAAGCUCAGAAGAAGAUUUUACAAAGACUAGAGUCUUACCUCCAGAUGUUCAACGGAGUCAAAGUGACAACAGCUGCACCCAAAUCGGAGGGGCUCAGUUGUCUUCUCCAUCCUAUUAUACCUUCUCCUGUCAUCGAUGGCUACCGAAAUAAGUCCACCUUCUCUGUGAACCGAGGUCCAGAUGGCAAUCCGAAGACUGUAGGGUACUAUCUGGGAACUUGGAGAGACAGAAACAUUGUCUGUGUGCGGUCUCACCAUCUGAAAAACAUCCCAGAGAAACACAGUCAAGUGGCCGAGUACUACGAAGUAUUCCUUCGACAGUCCCCAAUGGAGCCCUGCCUUCUGUUUCAUGAAGGUGGACACUGGCGUGAGCUCAUAGUCCGCACCAAUAGCCAAGGGCACACAAUGGCCAUCAUUACUUUCCAUCCCCAGGAAUUAAGGCAGGAGGAGCUCUGUGUUCAGAAGGAGACUGUAAAGGAGUUUUUCAUCAAAGGGCCAGGAGCAGUCUGUGACUUGACAUCACUUUACUUCCAGGAAAGCACCAGGACCCGUUGCAGCCAUGAACAAUCCCCCUACCAGCUCCUGUUUGGGGAACCCCACAUCUUUGAAGAGCUCUUGGGCUUGAAGAUCCGCAUCUCUCCAGAUGCCUUUUUCCAGAUUAACACUGCUGGUGCAGAGAUGCUGUAUCGGACCGUGGGGAAGCUGAGUGGAGUGAACUCUAACACCAUUCUCCUUGACAUCUGCUGUGGAACUGGUGUGAUCGGCCUCUCUCUGGCUCAGUAUACCUCCCAGGUCCUUGGGAUUGAGUUGGUGGAGCAGGCGGUAGAGGAUGCCAGGUGGACUGCAGCCUUCAAUGGCAUCACCAACUGUGAAUUCCACGCUGGUCGAGCAGAGAAGAUUUUGCCACAGCUGCUAAAGUCAAAAGAAGAUGAGCAGUUCAUUGUUGCUGUGGUGAACCCAGCCCGGGCGGGACUGCAUUACCGGGUGGUUCAAGCCAUUCGAAACUGCAGGGCCAUCCGAACACUAGUAUUUAUUUCCUGCAAGCCCCAUGGUGAAACCACAAGGAACAUCAUUGAGCUGUGCUGUCCCCCAAACUCUGCUAAGAAGCUUCUUGGUGAGCCUUUCGUCCUGAGACAAGCCGUGCCUGUGGAUCUGUUCCCCCACACCCCACACUGUGAGCUGGUGUUCCUCUUUACUCGAUAAGCAGCCUCCUGUCAGAUGGCAGGCUCUUCAUUAAGGCCGAGGUUUCAUUAACUUUUAGGUUUGGCAUACGGUUACAUUGCAGACCCUGAGAGUGUUACUGGGGAAGCCGGUCUUUGGAUAGCAAGCCUUCCUACACGAGCCAGAUUUAUAGCCUUAGUUUUCAGGUUCCCUUGCUCUCGUGUGUGUUUGCUGUGACCUCGGAUCCUUGGCCCUGGAUAUGGAUGGUUCCUUCCUUUUAUUGUCAGCCUGUCUCCUCUGUCUGACUCUGCCUGUGGUGUGAUAACUGAGCUUUUCUUAGCGGCUGGUAAUAAUUUCACACUGCCUCAGGUCUCUGUAUUUGCCCCAAGAUUUUAUUAGAUAUGUGUUCAUGAGGUAGCCAAGAAUCAACUAGAAACAAGUCUAGCUUUUUUUUAAAAAGCAGAGUAAGCUAUAAAGUGAUUGCAGGGUGACUACAUGAACUCAGCAGAGCUUCAUUCCUUUGGGUUUUCUAGGCUUCUAGAAUACCCUUUAAAAGUGUGGUUACUCCUGGGAGCAAUAGCACCAAUUAGUUCUUACCUGUAGAGGGAGAACUGGUAUUAGAAGAGACCCCAUGGGAAAGGAGAUCUUCAGAGAAGGGACUGACUACCUACAAUUGUGCUGUGUAGUAUGGAGGCAGAAAGCUCCAGAACUCCCUAAUGAUCCAGUACAUACUAUAAUAAACUGGAUAUUGAAACUGACA